AGGGCUGCCGAUGCAGCUUUUGAACACCUCAGCAGAGACCACCCCAGUCCCCCUUGCUCAGCUGAGGCUCCACCUGCUCUCUGGGCGGCCCAAACCCGUAGAGGGGGCUUCCAUAUUUACCAAGCAUGCCAGUAUUAAAAUCUGAAACGACAACUGACAGGGGAUCACGUAUGCCAGAGGACGACCUGUAAACUAUUCAAAGUUACGUGAGCCGGUAGAUGCAACAUGAUAUUCAAACCACUUGUCAAGAGGAAUUAAUGUUGCCUUCUGUUGGGACACUUCCUCCAUGGGAAUUCGAGCAAUGGAAACCAUCUCCCUGCACUGACACGCUGCUGCUGCUGCUCCACCAGGGCUGAAACAUGCCAGUUUCUUUUUUUUUUUUCCCCAACACAAAUGACUGGUGAGAAACUAGGCUGCUCUGUUCAUCUUUCCCUUCAAUCACUCACAGAAGGAGCUUGGUGACAAGAGGUCAUUUCUUAUUUUUGUUUCUUCAUCAUCACUCAUCGUUUACACUUGGAAUAAGUGAAUCCAACUCUGUCGAGCUUUACAUUUUGCUCAAAAGCAAAAGUUAAACAUCGGUGGGAUCUUUAGCAGGUCACUAUGAAAUGGGAGAAGCUGAAGCCUCCAGAGCCAGAUGAUCCCAUGUGUUGCUGUGAAUGUGACAUCUACCUGUACAGGUGUUGCUGUGACUGUGAAGAUCUGGAUGAAGCGUUCAAUAGGUGGCUGAAGGAGAAACCACCUUCAUAUGGGCUCCAGUCUCCUGUGCUUAGGACCAUGAUCAACCAGCUGGAGAUCUCCAUGAUCCCGGCUCUGCUGCUGCUGCCUCUCCUGCUGAAAGCUGCAGCGCUGCACUACCUCCUCGGUAUCACCAUCCUCACUGCUCUGCCAAUCCUGGUGCUGUCUUACUACUACGCCACCCAUCAAAGGAAGAGGCGCACCCUCUUCUUCCUCACCCUUGCCCUCUACUCCCUGGCCUACAUGUAUUAUCUCUUCAUUGUGGAGAUUUUACCCCGCGGGGAUGUCAGCCCACUGCAGGCGUGUGCUGUGACCACUGGGAUGAUUCUCACUAUAGUUUCACUCAUUUACACUAAGAGAGGUCCAGGAUUUGUCCCUGCCUCUCACCAUGAAGCAAAUCGUCAGAGGACGUACGCAGAAGAUGACUUUACUCAUUCUGAUGGAUUUAUCCAGGCAACAACCGCAGAACAGACAAGCAAAUAUCCCCCAACAACAAAAUGGAGCUUGUGUCCUGUGUGCAAAGUAAUGCGACCCCCGCGUGCUGGACACUGCAGAACAUGUGGAUCGUGUGUUCAGCGUCUGGACCACCACUGCGUCUGGAUAAACAGCUGCGUGGGACAAGCAAACCACCGCAGCUUCCUGCAGACCCUCUGUGUGUUUGUACUGACCUCCGUCUACGGGAUCGGUUUGGUGCUCCGCAGCCUCUGUCCUCAUCAGUAUCUGAUGACGGCCCUUUUCUACUGCCCCGGCGUCUACACCCAGCCAAGCACAGCCCUUUGCUUCACCUGCUGCUGGUACAGCAGUAUAAUCACAGUUGGACUGCUCUACCUUCUGGUGGUGCAGGUUCUGAACAUCAGCUUCAACGUGACGGGGCGUGAGGCUCAGCUGGCUCUGAGGAACAAGAAGGGCCAGAGCCGCCUGUGGGGACUUGUCAUCGACACCGGAGAGUAUUCACGUGGCUUCUAUCAGAACUGGGCUGAGUUUCUCACAAUGGCAGACUCCUCUGCAGGAGGGAAGUGGUACUUCAUCGGAUUCGCUACCAACAGCAAGUGGUUUGUCAACAUCAAAAAUACAAUGAAAAUGGGCGUUGCCACGCUAGUAUCAACUGCAGAGGGAGACGUGGAUCUAUCAUAUGCCAGUCGAGGACACCGAGAGAGAGAAAGGAACAUAGAAAAUGAAUCACAAACGAGUUGCAUCUUCUUGCAGCGCCGACAGCUCUUGCUGGUGAAGGAGCAACCGGGCCAAAAAGACUGACAUGCCUGGGAAGUUUACAUUUGUUAGUGAGCUUAAGUACAAUGCACACACCAAAGUAACGCGGUUCUAACAGACACACUGACAUCUUGUUGCUUUUGUUAG